AAGGUGUAAAGUGGUUUUCACAACAUCCAAGAAACCAUGAAUAAAUCUUAUAUGGUAUCUGUGGUAAACUGUGAGUUUACCAAUUAAAUUUACUGACAAGAAAUACGCCAUUGAUGUUCAAAAAUACGUCAUAGAUGUUUAGAAAUACGGUACUGGUGUUCGGAAAUACGAUAUUGUAUGUACAUAAAUACGCUACUGGAAAAAACGGUAUUUUUCAGAAAAUAUUCUACUGAUAUUCUGAAAGUCGCUAUAGGUGUAAAGAAAUAUGCCAAUAGUGUUCAGAAAUACGGGGUUGUUCAGACACAUGCUAUUGCAUUAUGAAGUAUGCCAUUGAUUUUCAGACAUAAGCUAUUGGUGCUCAGAAAUACGCCAUUGAUGUUCAGAAAUAAGCUAUUGAUGUUCAGAAAUACGCCAUUGAUGUUCAGAAAUAAGCUAUUGGUGUUCAGAAAUACGCCAUUGAUGUUCAGAAAUAAGCUAUUGAUGUUCAGAAAUACGCCAUUGAUGUUCAGAAAUAAGCUAUUGAUGUUCAGAAAUACGCCAUUGAUGUUCAGAAAUAAGCUAUUGGUGUUCAGAAAUACGCGAUUGAUGUUCAGAAAUAAGCUAUUGAUGUUCAGAAAUACGCCAUUGAUGUUCAGAAAUAAGCUAUUGGUGUUCAGAAAUACGCCAUUGAUGUUCAGAAAUAAGCUAUUGGUGUUCAGAAAUACGCGAUUGAUUGGUUUUAAUGCACAUAACAAGGAUGGGGAUAACAUGUUCAAAGUAACAGCAACAGCUUGUAAAGUAGUGUUGAGUGGAACAGGGCUAUGGAUUAUGCUCUGCUUCACCAGCAUAGAAGAACCUCCUGUAGCCUUAUCACCACGAGGGGCAAAUAAGCGGUAAGAACUCAACUGUCGGAUAUAAAAUUGAUCUGAGUUUUUAAGGCAUGUUUCCCCAUCGAUCAGUCUGCACAACACAAUCAUCGUGACAACGUUCAAGGGGUUUAUAUGCACUUCCCGUCAUUCAGUCUCUCGCCGGUGCCUGUUCAGCGAAGUCUUGCGGCCAGAAAGCGUGUCACCUUGAUCGACUUGGUCGUACAGCAUGCGUGCGGGAGUUCCAGGGAUGCGAUGAACCACCGACCCUGACCAAUGGGACGAGAGAGUAUGACGGUGUAUACCUGGGGGCUGUAGCAACAUACACGUGUUUUCCUGACUUCCUCAUGUGCCGCAACAGCAGCAGUGUUUGCAAAGCAAGUAGAAAAUGGAGCGGUUGGGUCGGUCCUUGUGAUAGAUACAGAUGGGACAACCCUGACGUGACCAGAUUGAGCAUGCCGUGUAAGCCUGUGAGCAGAUUCAAACUAACCCUGUACGUCACACCAACUGCUGCCACAAGGAUGGUUGUGUCUGUACGCGGAAAUGGAGGUAACAGGUUGUGUCACUAUGAGUUUCGAAUGGAUACCAGCGCCGUGGUGAUCAACACGCGUAACUCAACACGCCAAUGGGGGUCAGAAAUAAGGUUGACACACGUUCCGCUGGCGUUGGGAGUUCAGUCUGUGAUGGAAAUAACACUGGAGGAAGGAAUUUACAGACUUUCAGUGAAUGGAAAUGGCAUCUACAACUUCACAGAAAGAUACCCUGACGUCAGUCCGCGAAAUGUCGAUGUUGAAGGCGACGUUCGCAUGAAAUCAGCAGAAAUAACAUUGUGACGUGGUGUCCUCUUCAUCGUGUGAAUUAGACUGACUUUAAAGACUGUUGGCCAGCUCAUGAUACCGCUUCAAAUAAAUGCCUUUUUCUAAUGGGGCAAAACUAUGUAUGUGCAAAUCAGUGCGCAAAUUAAUAUUUUUUGUUGGUAUGUUAUAUGUAAGCAUAAAGCAUGAUGAUGUAAAUGCAAUUUUCCAAACACAUAUAUGAUUCCCAUCUAUGCGUUUACAUACCAAGCCCCAAGCAGGCAAUACAGUGCAUGAAUAUACACCAAUAAACGGCGACUAACAGGAUCGGGUGGUGAGGCUUGCUGACUUGUCAUUGUAUCCCAAUUGCAUGGAUCGAUGCUCAUGGUGUCUUACGACAAGCAUAGUCGCCUUUUACGGCAAGCAUGGGUUGCUGAAGACCUAUUCUACCCCGGAUCUUCACAGGUUUAGUAUGUUGUGAGCGCACAGACAUACACUGAACUACAUGGUAAGUUUUAGAUUUAAAAAGCCGGAAGAAUAUGUGUUCUUUUUCCAUCCAGAAAUUGUUUGUUAAACAAUUAAUAAAACGCAAAGACAGCAAAAUGGCCACUACCGCAUUCAUCAAUCUGUUUGCUAACAUUAACUCAAUUUACAUUUUGAUCUCGAAUUUGCUAUCUGUGUACAUUGAUUCGGUCUUUUAGUGUUACUCACAUAACAUGCUGACAAUAUCGCCCACUUGUUAAAGCAUAUAUAAUAAAGCAUAUAUAACAUCUUUACUGCGCCAGUUCUUGUUUUUUUUACAUUAAAUAGUUUUAUCUUCGCAAAAUCUAAUUUUGCAGUCUUCAAUUAUUAUUUGGCAAGUUCCACAUCGAGGUGUGUGACAUUUUGUUACACUGACGGUAUGUUUUAUUUUAUGAGUAUUGAGAUGGACAGAGAAUUUGUUUGAGAUUUCUAGGCCGUCUGGUGGUGCAUAUAGGUUUACCCUUACACAUUUGUUCAAACUUUGCUGCAAAAUUGGAAGAUUGGCUUUCAUAAGGGUCACAAUUGUACAGUUAUUAGGAUUGUAAGUACACACAAAUGGAAUGAUGUCAGUGUCUUUAUCUGUUUCUUUUUGUUUCAUCAGUUUUUUUAUCGUGGAUUUGCAUUGGUUUAUUUACAGCGUCUGCAACCACUUCACAUGGAUAUCCUUAUAGUUGUAGACAGGUCUUUAGUUCGUUUAGUCUUUUAGUUCUAUUCAUUGAGCAUGUGCAGCAGUUCCAUUGGUGUGACACCGAUUACAAUCUCCCAAUAGCACUCAACAUGACCUUGACUAGCACCCGUUUAGAACAUUCCAAUAUCUCUGGCUUGACGUUAAUAUUCAGAAUUCGACGCAGUGUUUCAUUCAGGUGCCCCUUCCAAAGUGCUAUUGUCAAUUGGUUUAAACACUACGUGUGCAAACAUGUAAGUAAAGACAAGUUACGAGUGUAAAUACAGCUACAAACAUUUCCCAAAUCAUAAAAAAAUAUGUAC